GCGGCGCAGCUGCAGUCCGGCCAGGGGACCCUCCUCCCGGCCACCACUCCGCUCCGUGUUUGUGUAUGUGGAAUGCGGGUCAAGCGGAACUCACGGCACAAACUGCGCCUCUCGUCAAACUCAAACACCGGCUCGCCGCCGCCCGACGCGCUCACAUCCUCAAGCCAGAGCUCCGCAGGCAGGCGACAAUGAAGAGAAGCAGGCACCCGAGCAGCAGCGAUGACUCGGACAAUGGAAGUAGUUCCACAUGUUGGUCUCAACAUUCAUCACAGCCCCGGAGAGGGACCGGGCAGAAACCCUCAGAGGUUUUCAGGACAGACCUCAUCACAGCCAUGAAGGUUCACGACUCGUACCAGCUGAACCCGGAGGAUUAUUACGUCCUGGCCGACCCCUGGAGGCAGGAGUGGGAGAAGGGAGUCCAGGUGCCAGUCAGCCCCCAGUCCAUCCCUCAGCCGGUCGCCAGGGUGCUGGCGGAGAAAGGAAAGGAAGUCAUGUUCAUCAGGCCAAAGAAGCUGAUCCGGACGUCGGGCGCCGAAGCCCUCGGAUACGUGGACAUCCGGACGCUGGCGGAGGGGAUGUGCCGCUACGACCUGAACGAGGAGGACGUCGCCUGGCUGCAGAUCAUCAACGAGGAGUUUGCAGAGAUGGCCAUUUCACCGCUGGAUGAGAUCACCAUGGAGCGGGUGAUGGAGGAGUUCGAGCGCUGCUGCCAUGACAACAUGACGCACGCCGUGGAGACGGAGGAAGGUCUGGGCAUCGAGUACGACGAGGACGUGGUGUGUGACGUCUGCCAGUCGCCCGACGGGGAGGACAACAACGAGAUGGUGUUCUGCGACAAGUGCAACAUCUGCGUCCACCAGGCCUGUUACGGCAUCCAGAAAGUCCCGAAGGGCAGCUGGUUGUGUCGGAUCUGCGCCCUCGGCAUCCUGCCAAAGUGCCAGCUGUGUCCCAAGAAGGGCGGAGCCAUGAAGCCGACCCGGAGCGGAACCAAGUGGGUCCACGUCAGCUGUGCCUUGUGGAUCCAGAGCAUUAAAUCUGCCGUGCAGGUGAGCAUCGGGAAUCCAGAGAAGAUGGAGCCGAUCACCAACGUGUCCCACAUCCCCAGUAACAGAUGGGCUCUGAUCUGCUGCCUGUGCAAAGAGAAGACCGGAGCCUGCAUUCAGUGCUCAGCAAAAAACUGCCGGACCGCCUUCCACGUGACGUGUGGCCUCCACGCCAGCCUGGAGAUGAACACCAUCCUGACGGAGGACGACGAGGUCAAGUUCAAGUCCUACUGCCCCAAACACUCGGGCCUGGAGGGCGCCGAGUCCAGGGAGCGAGACUCCGGAGGGGAGGAGGACAAGGAGGCGACCGGAGACAAGAAGGGCCGGAGGAGAGGCCGGGUCAGAGGGGAGGAAGACGCCUCCUCCUCCUCCUCGCCUCCCCACGUCGGCCCUCAGCUCCUGGACCGGACGCCCGGCGAGCCGGAGGAGCUCAGCAGCCGCCAGCAGGAGAGCCGAGUCAACCUCCGCAAGCUGAAGCUGCAGGAGAUGGAGGAGUACUUCUACCAGUUCGUGGAGGUGGACGAGGUGGCCGGCAACCUGAAGCUGCCGCCGGAGGUGGUGGACUUCCUCUACCAGUACUGGAAGCUGAAGCGCAAAGCCAACCACAACCAGCCGCUGCUCACGCCCAAGAAGGACGAGGAGGAGAGUCUGGCCCGCCGGGAGCAGGAGGUGCUGCUGAGGCGCCUCCAGCUGUUCACCCACCUCCGACAGGACCUGGAGAGGGUCCGUAACUUGACCUACAUGGUGACCAGGAGGGAGAAGAUGAAGCGUUCGCUGUGGAGAGUCCAGGAGCAGAUCUUCCAGCACCAAGUCCGACUGCUGGACCACGAGCUGCUCAGCGGCGACCCUUCAUCCAAGGACCUGGAGAAGCUCUUCUCUCUGGGCUGGUUAUCGUCUCAGGGCUCCCAGUCUGGCUCCUCCUCCUGGAGCCACUCUGGACUCAAGACCAAACGAGGCUCUUCGAAGCAGGAAAGCAGGAAAAGCGGCGACAGAAGAAGCCACGCCGACUCAUCGCACACUUACAGGAAGGACAAUCCGAGCGAGAAGGAUGGCAGAAGCUCCCGACUCGCCGACGUUGAGUUCGCCGACGUCAUGGGCGACGCCAAAACCCAAAACUCUGACAUCAAGCCAGAGAUCAUUCAGGAAACAAAGCUGCAUAAAGCUGAGAGCAGGAAAGGUCUGAGGAGGGAGGCCGAACAGGAAGUGCUGUCGAGACGGAAACGAGAGAGGCGAAGCGACGAAGGCUUCUCCGGUCAGUCGAAGGGCAGGUUCGGGUCGAAGCAUCUGGAGAAGACGGUGUCUAUCCGACUGGUGGACAUCAGGAGCUCGGACUCAGACGACUACUUCAUGGACGAGGGGAGAAGCCACGUUUCUCUGGAUGUGACGACCAACAACACUAAGCUCAACAAAGAUGCAACCAUAAAAACCAACGGCUGGCUGAGGAAAGCUCAAACGAACGGCUCGCACUCGCCCAACGGACACCUGAAGAGCUGGGGGAAGUUCAGGAUCCCCAAGAGGAGCGACAAGCCUUUGACCAUGAAGGAUGACGAAGAUGAGGAGGAAGAGGAGGAACAACGUAAACCUCUUCUCAGGCCGCUGACCAACACGCCAGAGUCAACUUACCCCAGAACGCGUCUUCGAACUGGGACGGAAAGCGACGAAUUUGAAUCCAAAUCUGGUGACGGUGAACUGGAGCCCUGCAUGAAGAGAUGCCACUCCCACCAGCUGAGGGGCGACUCAUCUCUUGGGCGCCGCUACGGGUCCGACAUCAUCCGGCGAGGAGUCCUGGCAUCAUGAUGGCGGCGCUACGGGUGCGACAUCAGCCGGUGACAAUUCCUGGCUUGCUGAUGGCAACACUAUGGGUCCGACACCUUCUGGUGAGGAGUCCCGUCAUCAGGCAAGGAGUCCUGGCCUCCUGGUGGCGGUGCUAUGGGUCCAGUGUCACCUGGCAAGGACUCCUAGCUUCCUUGUGGCGGCACUAAUGGUUCCGACACUAUCCGGCGAGGACUCCUGACUUCCUGGUGGCGGCACUAUGGGUCCGGCACCAUCUGGCGAGGAGUCCCGUCAUUUGGCAAGGAGUCCUGGCUUCCUGACAGCGACGCUACGGGUCUGACAUCAACCGGCGAGGAGUCCUGGCCUCAUGAUGACAGCGCUAAAGGUUCGACACCAUCCGGCGAGGAGUCCCAGCCUCCUGGUGUCGGUUCUGGAUAAAAUAAGCUGCACUGCGUAAUCGGAAAUGAACGUCGUUCCCUCUUUGUACCUUUAUUUUUCUUGAUGAAUCAUUUAAAAAAAAUGGCUAGAUUAGUAAAAAAAAAAAAAAAAAAAAAAAA